GAGGGCUCCGGCUUGCCCGUGCCCCGGUUACGGGGGUCCGGGCGCGCCCGGUACUGCGCACCCGGCUGUGGCGGGGAGAGGAGCGGUCGGGAUGUUCCUGCCCGCAGCGGCCCCGCCCCGCGCAGCUGCCCCGCCCCGCGGGAGCCCCGCCCCCCGUGUCCUAGCGACGGGGACGCGGCGGCGCCGGGACCCUCGCCUGCCCCGAGCCGCGGCCCCCCGAGCCGCCGCCAUGAGCGGCCCGCAGCCCGGGUUUCUUGCAACCUACAACAGCCUUACAGACAAACACCUGGUUGGAUAUUUCAACAACACCAGGAUAAGACGGCAUCUUCAGAGAUCAGGACUGAUCUCAAGGAGUGGAAGAAUAAUACCUGAGAAGGAAUACCGGCUAAAUGCUCUGAGGAAGGAUCACCAGAGAUACGUACAGGAGUGCCUGGCUCGCGCCAUAUUUCACAAGGUCCUUGACAUAGAGCGUCAUCAUCAACUGGAAAUAAAACGGAAACUUGAAAGUUCUGUGAGGAAGGAGAGGGUGCAGAAAGUCAAGGUGGAGCAGCUCAGAAGAUCAGUAGAAGGCGCCAGCCCUAUGCACUCCCCGCACCCACCACUUGCUCCAAGAUAUCAUUAUGGGCUCCAUCCUUUGGUGGCUGGAGAACCAGCUGGUCACUCACAACUGAGGGCACCUGGACACUGUGAUUGCAGUGGUGGACAUCCUCCUCUUCCUCAUCACCAGUCCAUGGAGCCUGACUUUUCUAGGAUGACUUCGCGGCGACCCAAUACAGCUCCAGGAAACAUGCAGCAACCCCCUCGCCUCCAGCCGCUCCGCAACGGUGCUACAGUGGUGUCUCUAACAAAGACUUCAAGCUCUAACCAGAAGUGCCAUGUUUCAGGAUAUGACCAGCAGUUUGCCACUGGGCAGGAGAGGACUGGGCUGAGACUUCUGAAUUCAGUGGAGUAUGUGACUGGUGUAUCCCCAUAUCAGCUCCCUGCCAUCAACAACUAUGUGAUGCCAGUGCCGCCGCCUCGCCUGCAGAACAGGGGCCCAAACUCAGAGGGGAAUGGGAUGCCCAAAGGGAGACGAUUUCAUCUCACUGCUGCACCCAGUGAUGCAGAGCAACUUCCAACAAAGACCGCUGGAGGGUUGCCCAGGUCCUCGCCGCGCAGCAACGCCCUUGUUACCAUGAUCUUCCUGGGAAAAAGCGUGCGUCUAUCUCAUGAUGAUGCUGACUACAGGGAUGAAAUCAAAGUCUAUCAGCAGCAUUGUGGAGGAGAGAACCUCUGUGUCUACAAAGGCAGGCUGCUGGAAGGAGAGACCUUUCAGUUCAUCUCAAAGAGGCACCAUGGUUUCCCAUUCAGCCUCACCUUUUUUCUCAAUGGGAUACAAGUGGACAGGUUGAGCUGCUGCUGUGAGUACAAGCAUCAGAAGUGUUCCAGGCUGGGAGGCAAACAUGGAUUCUUCGCGUUUCUCCAUGUGGAGGGAGCAUCUCCUUGCUACAGGUGCAUCAUUGCAAUGGGUCUGGACAAAAAGCCAUCCCCUCCCAAGAGGAAGGUAAAGGAGGACCAUGAGGAAAAGCAUGUGGGUUUCUGGGGAGGUGGAGCAUGCAGUGAGCCAAGCAAAAGCAGUGUUGAGCAGAAAUCAAGAAGAAAUUCAGUGUUAGUCAUCCUGCCAAGUCAUGAAGCAAGUGUGGAAACUGCUAAGGAUGAAAUGAAGACCAAACAGGAGUAUGGAAAACAAGAAAUGAAAAAGCCAGCUGAUCGUAAGAGCGAAGACAGUCAGGAAGACACCAUUAAAAAUGGAGGCAGGCGCCUUUCUGACAGUUACCUGCGGAGACCUCGCUCCCAACCAGAGUAUGAUGAAGAUUUUGAAGCAGAUGAAGAAGUUAAUGAAGAGGGACAGACAGAUGAUCAAAUGCAUGGAAUGUCAAAGUCAUCCUCGGAUGAUAAAAAACAUAAUUUAGACUAUGAAAAUGAGAGCAAAACCUCAUCACAGAAAGUGCUGCAGGCCUCUGACAGUGAGGAGGAUGGAAGUGGUGGAUAUUCUGACAGCGACUCUGAGGAUGAUGAACAAGGUGGGAGGCCUGUGCACCCUCUCUCAUCCGUCAGCACCCAGUACAGCAGUGAAGAUGACUCUUGUGCUGAAACAGUGAAAGGCAAUGUUGAGGGCAAAGAGGAGUAUAAUGGUGAAAGGGCAUCUGACAACACAGCACAUGCACAGUGUGGAAAUGAGAAUGGGGAGAAUAAACUGCUCAGAGUGGAGGAAAAUCAGGAAACUUCUCUACUUGAAAAGGAAGGAAUAGACAAAGCAGAAAAGGCAAAACCAGAAGAUCUAACAGCGAGGGGAGACACUUUUCAUGAAAAUACAACAGCAGUACAGCAUCAAAGUCCUGAAGUUAACAGGGAACUCGACCAGGCUUGGUCAGUCCAAAGUGACACAGUGGAAGAUGGGGAGAAGAACACCAGUACCAGGAGAGGUGAUGGGGAGGAAGGUCUUCUAGUGCCUUUGGAAAGCAGUGUGACAGAAGUGGAGGACAGCAAUGACGAGGCUCCUCACAGUGACAAAGGAGGGGUUGUUGACGGUUGCAAACCAGCCCAGGAGGAAAUGGCAAAGGCAAUUGGAAAUGGUCACCAUGUGAAUUCCGAACCUGAACCUGGCGAUUCCCAUGUGGAUGAGGAAGAACACAUAACACAUGCAGAGCAUGAUGCCAGCGAAGCACCAGAUGCAACCUCCUCGGCCAAAAGAGCAAGAACACUUGAUGUGCAGAAAGCAGCAGAACAAGUGAUACGAGAAGGGCAGAUGGAAGGGGAGAGACAAGCACUUGAGGAGGAAGAGUCUGUGGCUGAGGGAGGAGAAGCUCGCACCAAAGAGGCAGAAGAAGAAGUGGCACGGGUGGGAGAUCUGCUGCCCAAGGAGGACACGGUGGCUGUGCUCCUGGUGGAGGGUCUCCUUGCGAUGCGGGAAUCUGCACCCGAGGAGAGUGACAGGGCAGAAGGAGAUCCCAAUGGAAAGAAGACAGGGAAGGCAAUGGAAUCUGGUGCAGAAGUGGCACCCAAGGAGCAGGAGGGUGUGAUGGACGUGACAGGGAGCCUGGCAGCACGGGGACAGCAGAAAUCGAAGACCGUGAAGGAGGGAGGGUCUCAAGGGAAGGAUGUUGUGGUGGGUGAGACGGUGUCUGAGGCCAUACAGGAGGGAGGGUCUCAAGGGAAUGAUGUUGUGGGUGAGAUGUUGUCUGAGGACAUGCAGGAGGGAGGGUCUGAAGGGAAGGAUAUUGUGGUGGGUGAGAAGGUGCCUGAGGUUGUGCAGGAGGGAGGUUCUGCAGGGAAGGAUCUUGUGGAGAUGGGUGAGAAGGUGUCUGGGGCCAUUCAGGAGGGAGGAUCUGCAGGGAAGGAUCUUGUGGAGAUUGGUGAGAAGGUGUCUGAGGUUGUGCAGGAGGGAGGUUCUGCAGGGAGAGAUAUUGUGGAGAUGAAUGAGAAGGUGACUGAGGUUGUGCAGGAGGGAAGUUCUGCAGAGAAGGAUGUUGUGGAGAUGGGUGAGAUGGUGUCUGUGGCUGUGCAGGUGGGAGGUUCUGCAGGAAAAGAUGUUGUGGAGAUGGGUGAGAUGGUAUCUGUGGCUGUGCAGGUAGGAGGGUCUGGAGGGAAGGAUGUUGUGGAGAUGAGUGAGAUGGUGUCUGUGGCUGUGCAGGUGGGAGAUUCUGCAUGGAAGGAUGUUGUGGAGAUGAGUGAGAAGGUGUCUGAGGUUGUGCAGGAGGAAGGUUCUGCAGGGAAGGAUGUUGUGGAGAUGGGUGAGAAGGUUUCUGAGCUUGUGCAAGAGGGAGGUUCUGCAGAUAAGGAUGUUGUAGGUGAGACGGUGUCUGAAACCGUUCAGGAGGGAUGUUCUGCAGGGAAGGAUUUUGUGGAGAUGGGUGAGAAGGUGUCUGAGGCCGUUCAGGAGGGAGGUUCAGGAGGGACAGAUAUUGUGGAGAUGAAAGAGAAGGUGGCCGAGGCCAUUCAGGAGGGAGGUUCUGCAGGGAGGGAUGUUGUGGAGAUGGGUGAGAAGGUGACUGAGGUUGUGCAGGAGGGAGGUUCUACAGAGAAAGAUGUUGUGGAGAUGAGUGAAAUGAUCUCUGAGAUUCUGCAGGCAGGACUUUCAACAGGGAAAGAUGUUUUGGAGAUGAGUGAGAAGGUGUCUGAGGUUGUGCAGGAGGCAGGUUCUCGAGGGAAGGAUGUUGUGGAGAUGAGUGAGAAGGUGUCUGAGGCCAUAAAGGAGGAAGGUUCUGCAGGGAAGGAUGUUGUGGAGACGGGUGAGAAGGUGUCUGAGGCCGUGCAGGAGGAAGGUUCUACAGAGAAAGAUCUUGUGGACAUGGGUGAGAAGGUGUCUGAGGUUGUGCAGGAGGGAGGUUCUGCAGGGAAGGAUGUUGUAGAGAUGGGUGAGAAGGUGUCUGAGGCCAUUCAGGAGGGAGGUUCAGGAGGGAGAGAUAUUGCGGAGAUGAAUGAGAAGGUGACUGAGGCCAUUCAGGAGGGAGGUUCUGCAGGGAGGGAUGUUGUGGAGAUGGGUGAGAAGGUGUCUGAGGUUGUGCAGGAGGGAGGUUCUACAGAGAAGGAUGUUGUGGAGAUGGGUGAGAUGAUCUCGGAGAUUCUGCAGGCAGGAGCUUCAACAGGGAAAGAUGUUUUGGAGAUGGGUGAGAAGGUGUCUGAGGUGCAAGAGGGAGGUUCUCGACAGAAGUAUGUUGUGGAGAUGAGUGAGAAGGUGUCUGAGGUUGUGCAGGAGGAAGGUUCUGCAGGGAAGGAUGUUGUGGAGAUGGGUGAGAAGGUGUCUGAGGUUGUGCAGGAGGGAAGUUCUGCAGAGAAGGAUGUUGUGGAGAUGAGUGAGAAGGUGUCUGAGGUGCAGGAGGAAGGUUCUGCAGAGAAGGAUGUUGUUGAAAUGGGUGAGAAGGUGUCUGAGGUUGUGCAGGAGGAAGGUUCUCGAGGGAAGGAUGUUGUGGAGAUGAGUGAGAAGGUGUCUGAGGUUGUACAGGAGGGAAGUUCUGCAGAGAAGGAUGUUGUGGAGAUGAGUGAGAAGGUGUCUGAGGUUGUGCAGGAGGGAAGUUCUGCAGAGAAGAAUGUUGUGGAGAUGAGUGAGAAGGUGUCUGAGGUUGUGCAGGAGGAAGGUUCUGCAGGGAAGGAUGUUGUGGAGAUGAGUGAGAAGGUGUCUGAGGUUGUGCAGGAGGAAGGUUCUGCAGGGAAUGAUGUUGUGGAGAUGAGUGAGAAGGUGUCUGAGGCCAUUCAGGAGGGAGCUUCUGCAGGGAGGGAUGUUGUGGAGAUGGGUGAGAAGGUGUCUGAGCUUGUGCAAGAGGGACGUUCUGCAGAUAAGGAUGUUGUGGAGAUGAGUGAGAAGGUGUCUGAGGUUGUGCAAGAGGGAGGGUCUCGAGGGAAGGAUGUUGUGGAAAUGGGUGAGAAGGUGUCUGAGGUUGUGCAGAAGGAAGGUUCUGGAGGGAAGGAUGUUGUGGAGAUGAGUGAGAAGGUGUCUGAGGUUGUGCAAGAGGGAGGGUCUCGAGGGAAGGAUGUUGUGGAAAUGGGUGAGAAGGUGUCUGAGGUUGUGCAGAAGGAAGGUUCUGGAGGGAAGGAUGUUGUGGAGAUGAGUGAGAAGGUGUCUGAGGUUGUGCAGGAGGGAAGUUCUGCAGAGAAGGAUGUUGUGGAGAUGAGUGAGAAGGUGUCUAAGGUUGUGCAGGAGGGAAGUUCUGCAGAGAAGGAUGUUGUGGAGAUGAGUGAGAAGGUGUCUGAGGUUGUGCAGGAGGGAGGUUCUACAGAGAAAGAUGUUGUGGAGAUGAGUGAGAAGGUGUCUGAGGUUGUGCAGGAGGAAGGUUCUCGAGGGAAGGAUGUUGUGGAGAUGAGUGAGAAGGUGUCUGAGGUUGUGCAGGGGGAAGGUUCUGCAGAGAAGGAUGUUGUGGAGAUGGGUGAGAAGGUGUCUGAGGUUGUGCAGAAGGAAGGUUCUGGAGGGAAGGAUGUUGUGGAGAUGGGUGAGAAGGUGUCUGAGCUUGUGCAAGAGGGAGGGUCUCGAGGGAAGGAUGUUGUGGAAAUGGGUGAGAAGGUGUCUGAGGUUGUGCAGAAGGAAGGUUCUGGAGGGAAGGAUGUUGUGGAGAUGAGUGAGAAGGUGUCUGAGGUUGUGCAGGAGGGAAGUUCUGCAGAGAAGGAUGUUGUGGAGAUGAGUGAGAAGGUGUCUAAGGUUGUGCAGGAGGGAAGUUCUGCAGAGAAGGAUGUUGUGGAGAUGAGUGAGAAGGUGUCUGAGGUUGUGCAGGAGGGAGGUUCUACAGAGAAAGAUGUUGUGGAGAUGAGUGAGAAGGUGUCUGAGGUUGUGCAGGAGGAAGGUUCUCGAGGGAAGGAUGUUGUGGAGAUGAGUGAGAAGGUGUCUGAGGUUGUGCAGGGGGAAGGUUCUGCAGAGAAGGAUGUUGUGGAGAUGGGUGAGAAGGUGUCUGAGGCCAUUCAGGAGGGAGCUUCUGCAGGGAGGGAUGUUGUGGAGAUGGGUGAGAAGGUGUCUGAGCUUGUGCAAGAGGGAGGGUCUCGAGGGAAGGAUGUUGUGGAAAUGGGUGAGAAGGUGUCUGAGGUUGUGCAGGAGGGAAGUUCUGCAGAGAAGGAUGUUGUGGAGAUGAGUGAGAAGGUGUCUGAGGUUGUGCAGGAGGAAGGUUCUCGAGGGAAGGAUGUUGUGGAGAUGAGUGAGAAGGUGUCUAAGGUUGUGCAGGAGGGAGGUUCUACAGAGAAAGAUGUUGUGGAGAUGAGUGAGAAGGUGUCUGAGGUUGUGCAGGAGGAAGGUUCUGCAGGGAAGGAUGUUGUGGAGAUGGGUGAGAAGGUGUCUGAGGUUGUGCAGGAGGGAGGUUCUACAGAGAAAGAUGUUGUGGAGAUGAGUGAGAAGGUGUCUGAGGUUGUGCAGGAGGAAGGUUCUCGAGGGAAGGAUGUUGUGGAGAUGGGUGAGAAGGUGUCUGAGGUUGUGCAGGAGGGAGGUUCUGCAGGGAAAGAUGUUUUGGAGAUGGGUGAGAGGGUGUCUGAGGCCAUGCAGGAGGGAUGUUCUGGAGGGAAGGAUGUUGUGGUUGAAAAGGUGUCUGAGGUUGUGCAGCAGGGAGGUUCUGCAGGGAACGGUGGUGUUGUGGGGGCUAUUCCUGAGGCAGAGGAGGCUGUGGUGGAAGCCGUCUUGGCAGGAUCAGGGUUUGCCGGGGCAGCCGGCUCUGAAGGAGAAGAGGCUCUCAAGGAAACUAUUUCUGAAGGGGAGGAGGCUGUGGGGAAGCCUGUUGCUCUCCUGGAGACCUUGGGGGAUACGGAUAUGUGCACAGGAGAGGCAGUGCCUGGAGGAGAAGACUUUGUAAAGCCAAAUGAGUUUUCACAGCUGAAAGCAUCAGGAGAAGAGUGGAUGGAGAUGGGGAAAGCAGCAACACCUGGGGCUGCUGAGGCAUUGGAGGUGGAGUGGAGCUUUCUCCUGAGAGCACAGGAGGCAGCGGAGGAGUCUGUGGAGCCUGGCAAGGGUCCCAUUCCUCAAGAAGCACCUGCACUGGAGUCACUGGUGGGUGCUGGGGGGGAUCCGCUAAGUGAAGGGUCACCUAGGCUGGAGGAGACCCCAGCAGUGGUGGAAGAGGAGGGCUCAGCAGAAGCACUCUUGUGUGGAAACCCAUUUCCAGGCAGCAAGGCAAAGACAGAGGAAGCAGUGGAAGGGAAAGAGGACGGAGGGGUGGGGGGGACGCGCGUGGAGGUGGCCAGAGCAGAGCCAGGGGCAACAGGUCCGGGGGAGCGGGCAGGCGGGAUGGAGGGACCCGCGGGGUGUGCUGAGGGGACAGGGAAGGAGCAGCCUGUUGGCGAUGGGGCGGUGGAUGGGGCAGCACUGUCUGCGCCGGGGCGGUGUGCGGGCGCGGCGGGGGCCCGGGCGCAGUCAGCGGGGCAGGAGAGGACAGCGCAUGGGGCUGCCGGGGCCGAGGCGCUGCGCUCCCCGCCGCAGCAGCGGGGACAUCCCGGCACGGGCGCAGCGGGCAGCAAGGACGGGUCAGAGCAGGCGGCGGCGGGAGCGCAGCGGGAGCAGAGCGGCCUCCAUGGGAGCACUGCAGAGGGAGCAGCAGCCCGUGUCCCUGCGAGUGCACAGAGCCGGGCUGGGGCCGGGGAGCAGGGAAUGGACCGUCCCAUCGGAGGGAGCAUGGACACCCCAGGAGCUGCUGAUGGGGGUGAGAGGAGCCACAGUCCCUGUGAGGAUCCUGCAAUCCCAGACACCGCUGUUGUGCCCCCAGUACAGCCCCAGGGGGGGCAAGAAAGCUGCCUCUAAGCUUUUUCUGCAGCUCCUUCCUGCAACACUGGCACAAGUCGCUGUAGAUUUGUGCUGGUUAGAAUGUUCCCUCCUUUAUUUCACUCCACGAGUACUACAACAGUCUGCCGCAUUUUACCAGACCAGCUUCUCCAUGUGCAGCAGACAACCGAAGCAAGCCUGAACCCGCCAGCCCAGGGAGCAGCACACCCUCGGAAUGACGAAGACGACAAUCACAAGGGUUGUUCCAGUGCUUGUUUUUCCCCAGACACAGGGAAAUACUGGACUGGCUGAACCUUCUCCCCCAGCACCGCUGCCGCUGCAGGCUGAGCGUGGCUGUGCUGUGCGUGCUCACGGCACAGGAGGUGUCUGCACCCAGUGCCUUUGGCGGUGGCUGUGUCUGUGUCCUGACCGCUCUUCCCUGUGUGUCAUUUCCUGUUCGGAACUGCGGGCUCUUCGCUGUGAGCCAGGGCUGUGUCCCCACUGCAGCCACGGGCACCUGCGGAUGCUCCGAUUCCAUAGAGCAGCCGGGGGUCACGGGAUGCGGUGUUUGCUUGGGGGGUGCUGGGCUGCUGCGGGGUGGGGGGUGUCUCUGUCCUCGGGGUCCAGGCUUGCUGCUAGUCCAUGCUUCAAGGCAUUCUUGGCACUUGGCAGUGUUGAAGAUCAUUAGAUAAGAGCAGCUCUACCAUGCGUUUGCGAAUGAAUAAAACCUUUUGCUUCUG